UUUAAAGGCUAACACUUGGUUGUAUUUCUCAGUGUUGCUGUGUGACAGCAUCAGGCAUUGCCUCUCUUCUGUGUAUACACCUGGUCCUCUGGGGUUUUGCUUGCCACUAUUUUGGGAUUCCAUUCACUAUUGGCUCGAACAGUGAGAGGAAUUCAGUUUCAUUACAAUUCUGAAAUUAAAUAUCCUUCAGUGACUACCCAAUAGCCUUUGUUCCCUUUUAGAGACAAAAUAUCCUCUCUUGAUUACUUGAGCUUUGUGGCAUCCCAUUUAUUUUCAAAAGCUGGUAUAAAUUAUGUCUUUUUCAUCAUCCAUUUUCUGGUCCUUUUCCACAUAAGAAUGGUUACAAGAAUAUCUGACAAGAUCUUAUCUGCCUGCUGUGACUCUUAUCAUAUAAAUGACAGAAUGAGAAUACCUAAGCUGUUCAUUUACCCAUAGGUACACAACAGUGAAACAUUUUUCUCAGAACUUUAAUCUGUACUCUGAGAUGGGGGAAGUUAAUCCUGCAGGUUAAGUAUCAAGUUAGACUGGACAGAUGGAAGAUUAUUUCUGAUACAUAGAAGAGCAAAUGGAAUAAAACUUAAAUGAUUGUUAGCUACUUGGGGGUAGGGAUGUUGCUUUUAAUGACUAAAAGGUAAGCUAUACAUUUAUUCAUAAGGUUUUUGUAAGUACCCAAUUAAGACGUGCAAACAACCACUUUAACCUCUUGUAAGAAUUGUCUCCAGGCUACUAGUGAGGGUAGUGGUAGAAGACAAGUAAUAUAUUUUGUUUUCUUUUUAAGGCUAGUUGAAUUCUUUUACCUUAAAUUGAAAAUCUUUCUAGACCUGAUUAGCAUAAUCUUUGUUAGCUGCUGUUCUAAUUUUUGCCUAAGAGAAAUGGCAAACUAAACAAGGGAAGAUAAUACUAUAUGUGCAGCUAACACAACAACUGAUGAUAAAUUCCUUACCUAUCCAGUCAUAUAUUUUUGGUUUUAGCACCUAGUCUGCCUCCGACAAUGUUGGUGAAAUAGUUUAUAAUAAAGUUGGAUAUGCACAGCCUCUCGGAAUGUAUUAUGUAUCAACUGUAGGAAUUAUUUUCCUGCAUUCAGACUAGCUUUUAUAGAAGCAAACAUGAAAUCUUGCUUGGUAUCUGAUAACAGAGGCAGCUACCUUGGAGAGAGGAGGUACUGGCAUGCAGUGGGAACUUCUAGGGUUCACAGAAGUAUGACAAAUCUUGGGGUCAGGGGAGUCAGCUGUCCCAUUGCAACCCAAUGACAACUGAGUAUGCAUUGGCCAUAAAAAUUUAAAUGGGUAAUAGAGUGAAAUGGAGUAUCCUGGUAGAGGGGCAUAGCUAACAAAUACUGAAUGGGAGUGCACCACACUGCAAUAUUUUGUUGUAGCUAUCCCAAAGCUCUGUUACUUUACCUUUCCAUCCAGUUAGGAAGUAUCAAAGCCUUAAAAUAAUUAAUUUGAAUGUUAUUGCAGCACAACUCAACACUUCAGGUUAUUUUAUUUCACUACAUUUCUAUAUCACCUAUCGGCCAAAGUUCUUUGAGCAGUUCACAAAAUAAAACUAUGAGAAAUAAUACAUACUGUAGAAAGCUGCAUAGGGUAGCUAUACUGUCUUUAAACAGAAGAAACCUUGAAGAAUUACAUUUUGUGGAUGUGAUUGAAAGCACUUGCAAACUACAAGUGCUUUCCCCUUAAGCAAAAUGUACAGUUUGGUAUUUAAAUAGCAAAUAGAGUGACUUUGAGGUUGAGACAAGAUGAAGUAAAUGGACAAUAGUGUAAAUUGUUCAAGUCAAACUUGCAAAUGAAAUUAUCAGGAGUAUAUCGUGAGAAAAUACUAUACUGCACUUGAAAUGCUUGAUUAAAGUGAAGAUAGCCUCGUCUUAUAACUGGUAGCCAUAAGGAAAAGGGAAAUUGCUUUCUUAUGGGAUAGCAUACUAUCCAUAGCCGCCUAGGAAAAAAGAGCUGCCAGUAAGGGACACUAUAAUCCUAUGAUUGGAUUAUAGAGUUUAUAGAAUAUAGAUUAUAGGUGAAUUUCUACUCUGCCUUUCGUCCAAGCAAUUCGGACGAAAACAAGAUUUUUCUCUUGUCCGUAUUUUAAUCACAAACCUAGAUAAAUUAGGCUGAAAUAGUAUCAGUAAACCUGGUGAACUAGGAUUCGAAAGCGGGACUCUCUGCCGGCGGCUAUUGUACUCCCGAAAUACACCCCCACGUUGAGCUUAGGGUCAAGUUUAAGUGCAAAAGCUUGCAUCCUUCAGUCGGCCGAGUGCGUAUGUGUUCCGUUAAGGAAGUCAGUGGAAGGUAGUACUAAAGCCUUGGGCUGCAUGCAAAAGUACGACUGGGGAACGAAGGUGGCGUGACAACCAAGCCUAAACUCGGAGGCCUCACUAAACUGUUCUCCACAGGAUUACAAUAGUAAUCUUUUUAUUCAAACCACCAAGUGCAGGGUACGCAAAUUAGACUUCGCCGUCUGCAGUCAACACUUCCCUCAGAAACUGGCAAUUAACGACCCGCCUUUUCACCUCCGGGUCACGAGACCGUGAGAAACCACAUGAUGCGGAUCAACUCUCUUCUGUGGUGAAGCUGGAAAGCGCCAAGCCUAGAGCGGGCUAAUUGAGUUCUCCUCACCGGAAGCUGUUGGACGCGGACUGGCCAGGGCGGGGUGAUGGGCGCCGCGGCACAGCGAGAGGGAGGGUGGCCGUAAGGAGCGGAUCCGCUGGCAGGCUGUCCUUUCCCCCGGCGGCUCCCGAGUCGAGCGGGGCGGAUGGAGGAAUCCUUGCCCUAGCUCGGCCUUGCUGCUCUAGAGCGGCGCGAGGAGCCUUUCCUUCCGGUGCAAUAUGUUCAAGAGAAUGGCUGAGUUCGGGCCUGACUCGGGGGGGAGAGUAAAGGGAGUAACUAUUGUGAAACCUAUAGUUUAUGGGAAUGUCGCACGCUAUUUUGGGAAGAAACGUGAAGAAGAUGGACACACACAUCAGUGGACUGUUUAUGUUAAGCCUUAUAGAAAUGAGGACAUGUCUGCUUAUGUAAAGAAAAUCCAGUUUAAGUUGCAUGAAAGCUAUGGUAAUCCACUGAGAGUUGUAACUAAACCACCAUAUGAAAUCACUGAAACAGGUUGGGGUGAAUUUGAAAUCAUCAUCAAGAUAUUCUUUAUUGAUCCUAAUGAAAGACCUGUGACCCUAUAUCACUUGCUGAAACUGUUUCAGUCUGAUACCAAUGCAAUCUUGGGGAAGAAAACAGUAGUGUCUGAAUUUUAUGAUGAGAUGAUUUUUCAGGAUCCUACUGCUAUGAUGCAACAACUGCUGACUACAUCUCGUCAGUUAACACUUGGUGCUUAUAAGCAUGAAACAGAGUUUGCCAAUGUAGAAGUAAAAACCCGUGAGAAGCUGGAAGCUGCAAAGAAGAAAACCAGUUUUGAGAUUGCGGAACUUAAAGAAAGAUUGAAAGCAAGCCGUGAAACUAUUAACUGCUUGAAAAAUGAAAUCAGAAAACUUGAGGAUGAUGAUCAGUCCAAAGAUAUAUAGCAUGAAUUUAAAAUGAAACCUAUUUUGAUCAUGAAAUUGAUAAAUGUAUCCUCAAAGGUUUUGUAGAAACAGCUGCAUAUGUGAAGGGGUUGGUUUUGGUGGUUGUAUGCAUGUGUGAGACAUCCUGUUAUGUGCCAUUUCACUAAUCCACAUUUUAAAAAUAAAGAUUAUUUUCAUA